AUCCUCCCCAUCGUACUGUCUCCACCCUUCUAUUUAUCUUCCUCGUUUUUCAUCAACCAAAACUCGCCGUCGCCACCACCCACCACCCACCACCAGGCCACCACCGCCCUCCGUAGGGACCAAAGAAGGACGAUGAGAUAUGGUGGGACUCAGUAUUGUAUUGGAAGCCCAGAAGGGUAUUAACAAGAAAACCCCACAAGUCAUUAACAAAAUCACCAUGAUGACCAAACCCACUCCUUUUCCUUCACCUCCUGCACGUUGGAAUUCUCACUCACCUCUCCUCCCGGCGGCCACCACUUUUCUCGACGAGUGCUUUCUCUGCAAGCAAAAACUCUUGCCUGGAAAAGACAUCUACAUGUACAAAGGAGACAGAGCUUUUUGUAGCGUGGAGUGCAGGUGCAGGCAGAUAUUCAUGGACGAGGAAGAGACUGUUAGAAGAGACAACUGUUCAUUGGCGGCCAUGAAACCCACUUCGGCUUCUUCUUCUCCAUCUUCUUCUUCUUCUCCGUCUUCCUCUACUUCUUCCCGUCUUCGCAAAGGGACCCGCACCAGAGCGGGCGGGUUUGCCUAUUGACCCGGAAACCCGGGAGGUGUGAUUCCAGUUUUACCCCGUCUCGUCCAUUUUGUAAUGGCUGUGAUAGCCUCUGUCGUUUUGCUUCCUAGUAUGAAGGCAAAGAAUGUUUUGACCCUUUUACCCUUUUCUCUCAGCCCACGGUUUCUAUCAGGAAUCCGCUGUUUUUGCUUCUUGGCGUGUCAGGAGGGUAUUUUUGGUGUUUUGUGGUAUAUUUGAAAAUGUGAUUAACUAAGAGACUCAUUGUGGUCAAAAUCUUUAAUCAGAUAAGAUAAAAGAGUUAUUGGCUCA